AUGUCUUUCCCCUUAUUUAAAACCCUGAUUGAAUACCUAGACCACAACCACCAAUUCACAAACUCAAUAUCACCUUCUUCGCCGCCACAACCACCGGAAAACUCUCCCGACCGCCAUCAACCUCCACCGCCGGAACACGUUGAAAGCCACCAGGAACCUCCACGUUCACCGUCACCUCCACCGCCGGAAAUCGUUGAAGACCACCAGGAACCUCCGCUUCAAUUCAACCAUCAACAACCUUCGCCACCGCCACCGCCACCGUCUUCCUCUCUCCUACUGCCAUCACCGCCACUGACAGAAACCGAACAACCACCGGAAAACUUUAGCCCUAAUCAUGAACAAAAGCAACAGCCAUCACUGUUAACACCACCGACGGAAACUCCUGAUUAUCAUACAACAAACCCUAACCCUACGUCAGAUCACGAAUCUCAUCUUUCAAAAGCAACUGCCAUCAUCAACACCUGA